UAAAUAACAUGAUAUAUGAAUUGAGCUCACGAGCUUAUUAAUGAGUCGAGUUCGAAUUGAGCUCUUGAACUUACUGUUAAAUCAAGAUCGCCAGUCAAAUGCGAAUUUCAAGAUUUUAACUAAGUAACUGAGCUCGACUUAUUUAUUAAUUAGCUAAACCCGAACUAGAUCACAACUCGGUUACUCUUCAUUUACAAGCUUACUUAUUUUAUGGGCCGAAGCUAACAUUUUUUUCUGGUUUGGGCUUUUAACAGGUUUCUUAACAAGGCCUGCAUGAUCCCAGGCCCAUCGGACUCCCAAUCAAAAGACGACGACGACAACACCCUCUGCACCGUCCAACAAGUAGAAGAGCUGAAAUCCCUAAUCAAGGUCCUCCCAAUCUGGUCGACCACCGUCAUCAUCGCCGUCACCGUCAGCCAGCACUCCUUCCCGGCCCUCCAGGCCAACUCCAUGGACCGCCGAUUCAUCGGCGAAUUCAAGCUUCCCCCCGCCUCCUACGGCGUAUUCGGCAUCCUCACACUCACCCUCUGGGUCGCCCUCUACGACCGCGUCGUCGUCCCCAUCCUCGCCGGCCGGAUCUUCAACCGGCCGACGGGGAUCUCCAACAAGUACCGGAUGGGGAUCGGCCUCCUCAUCUCCUGCCUGGCCACCGCCGUCGCUGGCGCCGUCGAGCACCGCCGCCGGAAUUUGGCAUUCCGGCAAGGCAUCGCCGACGACCCCGCCGCCAUCGUCGGAAUGUCGGCGAACUGGCUGAUCCUGCAGUACUGCCUGACGGGGCUCGGCGAGGCGUUCAACAUCAUCGGGCAGAUCGAGUUCUACUACUCGCAGUUCCCCGAGAACAUGAGGAGCAUCGCGAUGGCGCUGGUGUCGCUGGGGCUCGGCGUCGGGAAUUUGGUCGGGAGUUUGAUUGUGUCGGUGGUGAAUGAUGCGACGAAGGAGGGCGGCCGAGGGAGGGUGAGUUGGGUUGGGAAUAACUUGAAUCGCGGGCAUUAUGAUUAUUACUACUGGUUGCUGAGUGUGUUGAGCGUGGGGAAUUUUUUCUACUACUUGCUCUGUAGUUGGGCGUAUGGGAGUGAUGAUCGGAAGCUUUGGGAUGAGGCGGAGCUUGCCGGCGGCGACGGCGGUGGUGGUGGGGAAGGAAGGGAGAUGGAGGCGGUUGUAUAAAAUGACUCUGCACAGAUUGAUAAUGUGGAUUGUGGACCGUUGUAUUAUAAAUACUUGUACGAGAGAUUGUACCGAACAAGUUAGUAUAAUGGAUUUAACACGAGAGGGAUUACGAUUUAGCCAGUAACAUGUUUAUAAGAUAAAUAUAUAUAUCUCAUUAAAGAGCAAGUAAAGAAAGGUAAUAUAUUCGAUCGUUAAUAUACCAGUAUUGAGUUCAUAAUUAAAACCGACUGAUGUAUUGGAUACAUACAAUUUGAUCGCGUUAUACUUAGAGAUAAGAAUUUUAUAUCCAAUUAAAUAUUCAAUUAAUUAACAUUCCAUUG